AUGGAUGGCAAGAGAAAUGGUUACCUACCAUUCCAUGCAAAAAUCGUACCAGGAUUAGUUGCUGAAUCAACACUAAUCCUGAUGGAAGGAGAAUCAGCUAAGGCAUUUGCCUUAGAUGUUUUGGAGUAUUACAAGAAUAUGGGUGGGCUUUAUGAUAAUGAGUUAUCUGAAAUUGCUAUGUAG